CAAGGAUAUAUAUUUAAGAGGGGACAAGAUCUAAUCAGUUAAGCACAGACUGUUGAAGGCGAGCGAGAGAUUAUUCAUGAAUGGGUGACUCUAGAUUAUGAUUUUCCACAACCUAUGAAAAUGAUGUUUAAAGAUUUGAAACUGCUAAUUCCAGAAAAUCUUGCUUUAUCAAAUAUUGAUGUAUUAAACGGAGAAAUUUUCACACCUAUAGAUAGGACAUCUAAGCCUGGAAUUCCAGCAUCUCUUAACACCGUAAUAAAAAGAAACGGAAAUUCCUUUUUGAAACCAUUUCCCAACUUAAAGAUGAAUAGAGCUGGCGAUUGUAACAACAUUCAAUCUGCAAUAAGCGUUAAAGUUGACCCUAAUACGAAUCUUAUAUGGAUACUAGACGAAGGAGUUGUAGAUAACGUCCGAUUCUGUCGUAGAAAACUACUGAUUUUUUAUAUCAGAACGAGGCGAGAAGUGUUCCGGCAUAUAUUUCCCGACUCGGUUAUAUCUGCAUCAUCAAAGCUCUUUGAUCUGACUUUGGAUAGAGAUAAAGAAUUUACUAGGUAUGCCUAUAUUGCCGAUUCGUUUGCAUUUAAACUAAUUGUUGUAGAUGUAAUUACAAACAAAUCUAGGUGGUUUUCACAUCCUUCAAUGGAGGCCGAAGAAAGCGCGGGAAAUAUAACUGUAGACGGUGAAACUAUCUUUAGCAUAGGAGGAAUAAAUGGCAUUUCAAUUUCAUCGGACUUCCAAUUUGUUUAUUAUUUCUCCGUUGCUAGUUUCAAAACAUGGCAAAUACCUACAAGUAUACUAAGAGAUUGUUCCUCUGACAAUAACACAUUUGCUGCAAAUGUCAGAAUGAUCGGUAUUCGACCAUACCAUGCAGUUAGUUUGACUUCCGGAUCAAGGAGCUUUUUUUUCCCUGCACAAGAAAUCAAUGAUAUACUGAAAUGGGAUCGUAUACAAGACAUCAUUACUUACGGGAGCGAACAAGAAGUAAACCUUCGGUCAUUACAGAGGCUGUCACCAACCACUGCCUUGACUAAUUUGGUUUCUGGAUUGCACAUAUAUGACGGAUAUUUAUUCUUCAUCACAUAUAAUUUACAUGGUAUCCGUUUAGGAACCAUUGAUUUUUCAGGCAACGAUGGACCAAAUUUUUCUAUCCAGAAGAUAUUUGUUGGGGAAGAUAGCUAUUUGCUAGGCAAACAAUAUGAAAAAUAAAUUUGCA